AUGAGAUGUCAUGAAGAUUUAUGGUUUAUUCCAAAAGUAGUAACGGAUUUAUCAAGUCUCGACUCUAUGGAAGUUGUCAUUACUACUGAUUCUGCUAGCGAUUGUGCAAGAAAAUGCUUUGAUGAGUGCUGUACGGCCGCUGCUUAUUCACUUAUCGAAAAAAAAUGUAAAUUUACAAAUGAAAACUGGGAUAGUACAAAUGGAAGUACUUGCAGUACUGAAGUACCAGCAUCUUACGUGAAUCACUACAAUGAGCAAUCUCUACAAACUUCUUCAAAUAUUGACAAAACAGAAAUCGACAAACGAUCAAAAACAAUAAUUACUGAUAGUUCACAGCAAGUAACAACUGCAGCUCCUGCUUUUCCAUCUGGUUUAUCAAAUGAAUUUAAAAUGUCAACAUUAGGCGCCUGCAUUACUGUAUUUGAAGUAGAUCCAUAUGCUGAUGUAACCAGUUUUGUGCCUGAUGAUCGGGUACCAGCCACUAGAGCUGAUCAAUGUGCUUAUUUAUGUUAUCAAGAUGCUUGUACCGCAGCUGUUUUUGUACCACCAGAAAAACCUAAGACAAAAGGCAUGUGCGAGAGGCAAUUUCGUAGUACCGAAAAGUGUAAUGUUACGUUAUCAUGGAACUACCACUACAAAACUGAUAAACGUGUUUAUUUACAAUGCUUCAGAUGUCUUCCUGAAAAACCACAAACAAUACCUCAUCUAGAAAAAGUAACGCAGGGACCAUUUACAUCAGUGAAGAACGAAUUUGUAAAAAAAGAAGAAGAACAUCGAGAAAGCAGUACUUUAUCACUUGAUAAAGCAUCUGUAACUUCUUAUACAGAAAGCAUACCAACAUCUGUAGCAAAGUCAGAAGAAAUUGAAAAAGGUAUAUCAGUAACUGAUUCCAAUAACAAGGAAAGCUUAGAAUUGAUGUCAUCUCAAAAAAUUGACGAAGGAGAAAGCAGAGAAGAAGUUAGACGAGGAUCUUCAGUUGCAACAUCUCAAGAAUAUAGCUUUGAUAUCCAAACACCAGCAGCAAUAUUUUCGUCAGAAACUUCGACAACUGCAAGUUCAACAGAAGAAAGCCUAAGUAAAAUUUCUACACUUGAAACACAUUCUGAAGCUGAUCUUGCAUCAACAACUUCUGAAGCUAAUCUCGCAUCAACAACUUCUGAAGCUGAUCUUGCAUCAACAACUUCUGAAGCUGAUCUUGUAUCAACGACUUCUGAAGCUGAUCUUGUAUCAACAACCUCUGAAGCUGAUCUUGUAUCAACAACUUCUGAAGCUGAUCUUGUAUCAACAACUUCUGAAGCUGAUCUUGCAUCAACAACUUCUGAAUCUUCAACCGUAUUUUCAACAUCCACCACAGAAAUGACGGUAGAAGAAUCAAGCACAGCUGAAUCUGCAACAUUUGAAAAGAUUCAAAUUACAACGACUGGAUUCAGUAGCAGCGAUGCUUCAGCAACAAGUGCGCAUACAGUUUCUGAUAAUUUGAUCUCAAAAGAAGGUAUUGAAGAGUCGGGUGGUCUUGAAGAUGUGACACAAUUGACAUCGAAAAAGCCAGAAGAGAAAAUAGUUGAAGAAUUUACCACAGAACAACCAGAAAUUGAAGUGGAAUCAGUGUCAUCCACGAAAACAAGUACAGUAGUGAGUGAAACUAAAGAAAGUAGUGAAUCUGACAAAAAAAAUGAUUCUAGAUCAGCACUGCCCGCAACUGAUUCACCCCAUCGUUAUCUACAAGGAUGCAUUGUGACUUUCCAAGCUGAUCCAUACAGUGAAUUAACUGACAAACUUUCUAAUGGUUUCCAAGCUUCAACAAUAGUUCGAACUGUAGAAGCUUGCGCUGGACGAUGCUAUCAAGAUGGUUGUACUGGAGCUAAGUACGAUCCAUCUACAAAAGAAUGUACUUUAAAAUACGGUGGAAAACAAUUUUGCAACUCAAAACCUGAGCAUUUCUUUUAUGAAGCCAAUGAAACUGUUUGGAUUCAUUGCACUGGAUGCAAACUGCAUAAACCUGGAGAGAAAGGUGUUGAUAUCCUUAUUUUUCCAUCUAAAACAUCGAAGAAGAUAAGCACUCCAAAACAUGAAUUACCAAUUAGUGAAGGUUCUGAAACGGAAAAACCUGAAGCAGAAUUAUCAAAAACAAAAGAAACUUCUACAACAGUAUCAACAACUGAAUUCUUGCCAACGGAUAAAACAUCCAUCGAUUCAAAUGCUAUCACUUCGACAACCGAAUUAAAUAAAAUAGAAGAUAUAGACGAAAAGUUACAGAUGCAAUCACAAAUUUCAUCUUCAUCGACAGCUGGACUAUCAGAAAUAGAAGUGGAUAAGCAAACGACAGAAAUGCCACAAUCUCUCGAAGUAACCAGCCCUGACAGUAUCACUACCAAAAAAAGUAUUGCUGAAACUACAGAAAUGGAAAAUUCAUCAUCAGUAUCUACUUCAUCUAGUCAGGCUACACCUUCUAUUUCAAAUUGUAAAAUAUAUUUCCAAGCUAAACCCUUCAUCGACGUCCAAUCCAAUUUGCAGGCUUCUGAACUUGUUUUACUUGGAACUACACAGUCAUUAGAAGAAUGUGCUCAACGCUGCUAUCAGGAUGGCUGCACUGGUGCUAAAUUUGAUGUAGUGUCAAAAGAAUGCUCUGUUAAGUAUGCUGACCAUCAACAAUGUGAUGAAUAUGAACAACAUAAUAACACUGAAGAUGCUACAAUAAUAUGGAUUCAGUGUAUUAGUUGCAGGCAAGAGUCAUUUGAAAGUACUUUGGGCUUAUUACUUGAAGACACUACUGCUUCAUCAGCAAUAACAGCUGAAAGUACUGCACAAAAUCUUGAAUUCAGCGAAAGUUCUACAGAUUCUGAACCUCAAGAAAUGAAGGAAAAGUUUGCUACAUCUAUAAGUCCAGAUUUAAUUUUUGCGUCAUCAAAAGGCAUUGAAUUGGAUUCUACAAUGGAUAAAAAGAUUCAUAGCGGCAAUGAAAGUGUAUUCUCUAUUGCUCCUACUACAAUCACAACGCAAGCAAUAGAAAAUUUUACAAUAAAUAGCGGACCAGAAUUAAAUACAGAUCAGAUAGUUGUAGUGUUAGAUCAAGAUAGAACAAGUACAACGAAAUUACCAACAGAAUCGCAAACAAAAUCUUUAGAUACUUCAAAUGCUGAAAAAACAGGAGCUACACAAUUGACAGCAAGUGAUGUCAGUGGAAGUGAAGAGCACAGUAGGGAAAAAGUAGGAAGUGGUGAAGAAUCAAAAGAAUCUGUGGGUUCGACAAAAACUCAAGUUCAUACAGAAGAAACGACAACUAUUAAACCGGAACUUUUGCUUUUAAUGACUGCAAAAGCACCAUUGCAUAUUCCUAGUGAUAAUUUUGAGAGCCAUGAUCAUUCUACAAGUACCAUUCAUCCUUCUUUGCUCGAAGAAGGAGCAAGCACUGAAGCAAUAACACAAAAAACAGAAUCUGAUAACUGGAAAGAAGAAACAGUAUCUGCUGAUUUCAGUUUUGCAACUGAAGCAAACAAAAUCCCAGUUUUAGGUAGCAUCCACGCUUCAUCUCAUGACGAAGAAAAAAUAACAAAAUCAGAGCUAACAAAUACUGAAUCUGAGAAGAUGGCUAACUUAGGCUUUACAAAAAUGGCAUCAACUCAUUCUGAUGCUAUUGCAGAAAUGCAAUCAGAAACGUCCCAUGAGAUAAAGGUGACUACUGAAGCUUCGGAAAUGUUAAGUACAGUAACAGGUGACACAUCUUCACCAUUUCAUGAAUCACUUGCUGCAUCCACUGAACAUGCUGAUUUAAACUCGCCUCAAAAUACACAAGAACUUGGAGGGCUGUGGGUUGCAGAAGAACGCACUUCAUCAGUCGUUGUAGAAACUGCAUCAACAACAGCGAAAAUUGAAGAUACAACAGCAGAAAAUACCUCUGAGUCAAGUGUUUCAUCGAGCUCAUUGGAUGCAGAAGUGACCACUGAAAAAGAUGACAAUUUUGUAACUAGCACUCAAAAAAGUGACCAUCAAAUUCUUAAUAGUGAAUUUGGAAUAUUCGGCAAAGCAUCUGAAGAGGAGAUAAGUACAAAUGAAACUCCUCAUUCUUCUCAAACAACAAACAAGAAUGAGAAAGACUUAUCGGCAGAAGAAAAUAUCGAUGAUGUUAUCAAAAAAGUAGCUCACGAAACUUCUGCAGAAAAAAUUUCUAUAACUACUUCUGAGCCAGCAAUUCACACUGAGUCCUCAGAAUCAACAUUGGAACAGCAUGAAACUGAAGCAACAAUUGAUUCAAAAUCCCUUACUAAGUCAUCAACGCAUCAAGAUGAUUUACAUGAGACAGUCUUGAAUGCAUCAAAUUUAAAAGAUAACACAAAUGAAAUAGACUUUGUGACGGGCAUGAUCGGAUUGGAAACGACAGCAGAGCCACCUGUUGAAGCCGUCUCCGAUUUGGUCAGUAUACUCAGUUACAAUUCAGAUAUUAAAAAUGUUUUCGAUCAAACUUCAAAAUCAUCUGACUACGGCAAAGAAUCAGAUGUACAUGUAAUCCAUAAUUUGAGUACAUCAAAAGAAAAAACUAUACAAGUUCCGCUUAUCAACUCGAUUCUACAAUCCAGACAUAAUGCUGACAGAAAUUUCGAUCGUGAAAAUAUUAAAUUCACUUCGCAAGAAUCAUCUUCGAUAUGCCCUGGUCGCAUUGAAUUUGAAGUAUCAACCUUUAGUGGGCUUCCAAAACUGAAUAAUAUUACUAGUGAAGUGAACACAGAAUCACCAGCUGACUGCGCUGAAAAAUGUUACAGAAAUGCAGAAUGCGUGCUUGCUGUAUUUGUACCGACUAAAGUUGGAGAUACAACGAUUAGUGCAGUAUGCAUGCUAACAAGUGAUCCAGGAAUAUGUUCAGAUGAAGGAUACUUUGUACCUCAGCACACAGCUGAAAAUGCAAUCAUCAUAAGCUGCUUGAAAUGCACAAAAUGCAACUACACAGUUACUCCUGUAACAGAAUUAACAAGGAUAAAAGAACCAAAAAAGAUUGAACCAGUACUUUCUGCCGAACAAUGCGCAAAAUUAUGCGCAAAGGAAAAUUGCACCUAUUCACAAUAUGACCAUAAAGCAAAUCUUUGUUCAUUGGAAUCAUCUAUAAGUCAUGAAAAAUGCUCAACAGAAAUGCCAGUAGCUGUUAAUGGUGAUGAACCAGUAUUACUGGAAUGUGUUCGUUGCUUACCAUAA